CCCAACGACCCCACACAAGCUUCGCCUCCCCAUCACUCCACUCCACUCGCUUCCACUCCCCAAGCUGCUGCUCGUCCCGUGCCGGCGGCAAGGCAAAUGGCCUCCCUCCGCACGUCCCUCCUCCUUGCGGCGGCGCUCUGCGCGCUCGCGUUCUCGGCCGCCUCCGCGUCCCGCGACCUCCGCCCGCUCCGCGCCGGCUUCGUCGUUCGCGGCCGCGUCUGGUGCGACACCUGCCGCGCGGGCUUCGAGACCCCCGCAUCCACCUACAUUGCCGGAGCAAAGGUGAGAGUUGACUGCAAAUCAAAAUCCACUGGGGCAAAGACAUGCAGCUUCGAGGGACACACUGAUCGCACUGGCACCUACAACAUCCUUGUUGCCGAUGAGCACGAGCAUGAGCUGUGCGAGUCCGCCCUUGUCAGCAGCCCGGACAUGGGUUGUGCCAAGGUCGUGGCUGGUCGCGAGAGGGCCCCUGUGUUCCUCACCAGCAACAAUGGUGUCGCGUCCAAUGUUCGUAUGGCGAACGCUCUGGGGUUCCAGAAGGACGUCGCUCUGCCUAGAUGCGCCCAGAUCCUCAGGAUGUACGAGGAAGACCGUGUCUAAUGAUACAGAGUUUGGCGCUACUCCACGAGUUACAUAUUUAUGUGAUGUCCGAAAUGUUUGAAGAUCUCUAUUAUUAAGACCAAAAGUACUGGCGCUUCUUAAUAGCUUAGCACUUGAAUAUGUAUGUCGAUCUGCAGUUGAACUGGAAAAUGUUAUCCGCUACUGAAUCAACCUAUUAAUGUUUACUAUCUGGCUAAUGUGAUGCUGUUGUUGUCUUUGUA